AAAUAUGACACAGAGACAGUACCUGACUCUUUCUCUUCCUUAGUUUAUUAUCCAACUGCGAAUCAGAAGAUGAGAUUCUGAGACCUGGGUUAUUUGGAAGAUCCAUGGCCACAAAUCUUGACAAAUUCAACCAACACUGGUGAUAUUUUAAUGUAAUUGAAAACCAGCAAGAUUCACAGCUCAUAGUUCUCUUAUUUCGCUGUUUUAGAAUGAAUAAAUAAAAUCAAGAGCAUCCCAGAUGAUGCAACCAAGCGUGAAAAUUUCAAAUCACGCUUUUUCUCUACUGUGAAAAAGCAGGGCGAUGGACCCAGUGAUGUAUUAUUAUUUCAGAAAUUAGAUAAAACAAAACAAUCCGUCUCACAGAAGCUUCAAAACACUGCCAUCUUCUUCUUUGUCUUCACCUGUGAGGAAGAUCAGAUGGCAUGGAGGUAUUGUUACCGAGAUGUGCUGCCGUUCACGGCCAUGGUGUCGAUGGAAUGUGUAAACGUCGGCUUAAACACCCUCUUCAAAGCAGCAACGUUACAGGGGAUGAGUUACCAUGUUUUUAUUGUCUAUGCCUACGCUAUUGCUGCUCUUGUUCUUCUCCCUGCUCCAUUCUUCUCUUACAGAUCGAGAGUUCUUCCUCCACUCACCUUCUCUAUACUGUGUAAAAUUGGUCUUCUAGGCCUAAUUGGGAGUUCAUCUCAGAUCAUGGGUUAUACAGGAAUCAAUUUGAGCUCUCCAACGCUUGCUUCAGCUAUCAGCAACCUCACUCCAGCUUUCACCUUCAUCCUUGCCAUCUUUUUCAGGAUGGAGAAGCUAGCUUGCAGAAAAGCAAGUAGUCAGGCUAAAGUGUUGGGCACUUUUGUGUCAAUAGCUGGAGCAUUUUUGGUUACCCUCUAUAAGGGUCACCCAAUUUUUAUGCUUUCAUCUCCAACUGUUCCCCUUGCUCAGCCUCAACCUCUGCAUUCCUCAAACUCCAAUUGGGCAAUUGGUGGCCUUUUUCUCACAGCUGAGUAUAUUCUUGUGCCACUGUGGUACAUUGUUCAGACACAGAUAAUGAAGGAGUACCCGGCAGAAUUGACCGUUGUCUUCUUCUAUAAUUUAUGCGUUAGCUUAGUUGCAGCUGUUGUUGGAUUGAUUGCAGAAAGGGAUUCCAGUGCCUGGAGAGUGAGGCCGAAUAUAGCCCUGGCCUCCAUUGUGUGCUCGGGACUCUUUGGAUCAUGCAUGAACAACACUGUUCACACAUGGGCGUUGAGAUUGAAAGGGCCGGUCUUCGUAGCAAUGUUCAAGCCCCUAUCUAUUGCCAUUGCAGUCGCAAUGGGUGUCAUGUUUCUCGGAGACACUCUCUAUCUUGGAAGUCUUAUUGGAGCAACAAUAAUCUCUAUCGGCUUCUAUACUGUAAUGUGGGGAAAAGCGAAAGAGGAAAUUGGUGAAGACUCUGAAGGUGGUAGCCUGGAAUCAGCACAAGCUGCACAGAAAGUCCCUUUACUGCAAAAACAUAAGAACGAUCUAGUGUAGAUCAAAUAAAUGUAAACGAACGAAUAUCUAAAUAUAUAUACUGCUCAUCAUACCCACUGCCGAGUAAGGAAAACUGAAGAAUCGGCAACAUGAUUCUCGACCACAAAUUCAUUUUGAUUCACAUGGCAAAGAAACUUCCGAUUCUUUAGUGAUCAAAUCAUGUUAGAAAAUAAAAAGCUUUUGUGUUAUGUCUUUCAAAAGAGUGUGAACAAACAUUGUUUGCCUUUGCAACAAACUAUUUACAGAACAGUUUCCGCUGCA